AUGCUUCUCAAACCCGCGACUCCCCUCACUAUCCUACUGCUAAUCGCUUUUGCCCUCUUGCUGUUAUCUGUUAUCUCCACCCCCAUCGUCAAGGGUAUCCCGUUAGCAACUUUCGAGAAUGUCGACUAUGGAGUCUUUGGCUACUGUAAAGGUGGUCAAUGCACCGAUAUCCAUAUCGGCUACACUAACGAUGACCUUUCGAACACCGGUGAUGACUUCAAUCUUCCAUCCAGUACACGACGAUCGCUUUCAUCGAUUCUGAUUGUUCACCCCGUCGCAGCGUUUCUCACCCUGAUCUGCUUAUGUAUGGCCGCCGCGGCGCACUUCCACACUCCGUCGCAUUCGCCCCGCUACCUCCUAGCCUUAUUGAUUCUGCUGCUUCCGACGCUCCUCGUGUCCUUGCUUGCGUUCCUCGUAGAUAUCCUGUUGUUUGUUCCACAUCUAGGGUGGGGUGGCUGGAUUGUACUCGGUGCGACUAUUCUCCUUGUCAGCUGUGGCGUGGUUACCUGUGCAAUGCGCCGGACCCUCGUCAGUCGCAAGGCGCGAAAGAGACGAAUUGCGGAAAAUGCCGAGAUGAGUGGUGAAAACUUCUACAAUCGCCAGAAUGCCGCCGCUGCCGCUGCCGGGCUGAACGAUCCGAAGCCGCUCAAUGGAGAGGUCAAGGAAGCUUUUGUCACUGGAUCACCUCCUGGAUCGGACACGGGACCCACGUUUGCGACAUUCCGAACGACCACGCAUGAGAGUGAUGAUGAUCGCACCCCGCUGAAUUCACGAACACCCCCAAACGACGUUCCAUUACCCGAUCAUCAGAUGCGCGACAAUGGACCACCAUACAACCCCCUCCGAGACGAAUUCGGAAACCCCCUUCCACAAUCUGGUCCCUACGGUCCCGGUCCUCGCAUACGCCCUGGUCCGGGCGAUCCCCGGUUGCGUAAUCAAUAUUCGGAUGGUAGUAUGGGAUCACGGAGAGGACCGCCUCCGCCGGGGUUUAUGCCGCGUGGACGGGGUGGUUAUCCUGGGCGGGGCGGCUACGGCCGCGGAGGCCCUUAUGGUGGACUCAGAGGCCCCCCUCCAAGAGGACGAGGUAGUCCAAUGGGUUCGAUGCGAGGACGAGGAGGAUAUCGAGGGCCGCCGGCCGCUAACUAUGGACCUAAUCUUGGACCACGACCAAUGCCGCCACCAGAGGAGGAUGGCUACGACUAUCACGCUCCAGCUGGCAUGAUGCGCCAGCCGUCCCCUGGACCGAUUGGAAUGGCUGUGUCGCCUCCGGAUGCAAGCCCAAUAGGUCAGGCGAUUGAAAUGACACCGCAGCCCAGGCGAACGGGCUCGGCAGAGCCAGCGCCUCAGGAAGUUUUGCUAGACCCACACCAGCCACAUGCUGUGUCGGCAGAUGGCUAUCCUGAACCUGUCAGUCCUUCGAGCCUCUACAGCCGCACAGCGUCUUACAUUCCUCGCGCUGCCUGGGAGCAAGGUGAGCGUCGCCCCGGACACUCACCGUCACCCGUCCACGCCUAUGAGCAGACGGAGCCCGCGCGAACCCCGCACCAUGCUCGUUCCGGAUCGGCAGAUUACUUCGAAGACGUCGAUCCGCGUUUUGCUAAUCGUAAUGAACAUGCCGUGGGCAACCCGCGGUUGCCCUCUGUGCUUACGCCGGGUGGUUCUGGUGAGCCGAAACUGCCGGAAGAUUUGGCUGAAGGACCCAGCUCACCCACUACUAGCGAUAUAAGCCAUUUUACGUCGAUCUCAGAGCGGCCUAUUAACCCGCGCUGGCAGCCGCCUCCUCUUCCCGCCCAGCAGAAACGAAAUGUGUUAUUGGAGAACAAUCCCGACUUUGAUCUGCGGGCGGGUAUGCGCGGAGGCGGUGCUGCUGGUGGUGUAGGUGGCCGGAUGCCACCCCUGUCGAUACCCCGAGAGACCUCACGAUACCCUCUACCCUGA